AUGUCAUGGGGGUGNUAUUUGCAUCCAUGGAAGUCAUCUUCUGCUGUCGAGAAGUAUCAGCUAGGGUUCCUUCUUUCCGCUUUUGCUUUCAAUCUCACCAAUUUGUUCGUCUUCACUCCCAUGACCAUCGAUAUGAUGAAGCAAAGGCACAAAGUAGAGAGAGAAAAUAACAUUGGUGAUGAAGUUGGCUGGUCCAAGAACAGAGAAAAGGCAAAGACUAUCCCAAAGCUCGCUGCCAUGAACAAGAAGUUUGGAAUGAUUCACGGCUUAUCAUCACUUGCUAACAUCUUCUCCUUUGGAAGCCUUGCUAUGCAUUCUUGGUAUCUAGCUGGGAAGUUGAAUCUCUAGUUUCCUCAUAAAAAAGGUCUGAUGAGCUUUUUUAUGCCCCCUUAAUGGAAUAAAUCUUUUCGUUUCUUCACCAUUUCCCUUUGUAAGAUUAUGUCAGUUGAACAAAGACUCCAAACAUAUUUUCGAUUUUUCUCUUUAUACUAAGAUAGUUCCUGUCU